GAUUCUUGGUCAACCAUUGCCUAGUCUUGCUAUAACUCUGUAUCCAGUUCACGGAACCGAUACUCCCCACUUUCCAGUCCUUGAAGAUUUCUCCCAGAAAGCAGAAAGGCAGGGAAGGGAACCUGGAAAAUUUGAGAAAAGAUGGCAGUGACCAUGAAACAGAUGUCACUGAUAAUAGCAACACUGGGAGCGUUGUCCUUCAUAUUCGGGGUGGUUGCUGAAAACAAGAAGCCAGCAUCUGGUACUGCAGUGACGAUGAAAGAUAUUGUCAUUUGCAAUUAUCCAAAAGAUCCGACCGUAGCCCUUGGCAUUUGUUCAAUUGUGUUUCUGGUCGCUGCUAGUGUGGCUGGAUACCUGUCCUUGUUUUAUCCUUACCGAGGCAAGUCUGUUCCCCAGGCUGCUUUGUUCCGGAAUACUGGCUUCUCUGUCUUUUUCAAUAUUGCUUUGGGCUUGACUGGAUUAGCUCUAGCAAUGCUGUUGUGGCCAACUAUCACAGAACAACUGCACCUGACCCAUAAGGUUCAUCACAAUCUGCAAACAGAUUGUCCCACUGCCAAGACUGGUCUUCUUGGUGGAGGAGCCUUUCUGUCUCUUGAUUCAGCUCUUUUCUGGUUGGUCUCCCUGAUGCUAGCGGACAAUGCUCGGGAGGACUACUUUGAUGAGACAGAUGUUAAGGGUGAGCGCGUCACCAGUCAAGGCGAUGAUUAUGAGCCAGAUAACCUGGUCAAGGGCAGUGUUUAGCAUUGAUUCUGUCAUCAAAGACUCUGUCUUCAGCAUUCUUCUGUUUCUUCUAUUUGUUAAUGUGGAUAUGUGCAAACAUUAUGCAAGGUUGGAGAAAAUUAAAUUUUAUUCUAUGAAUUUGCUGACUGUUAACAUUUGUUAUCUUCUAUCAUUUUUUUCCCCUUC